AUGGCACCUCUCACAGAAAUCUUCUGGUUCCUCCUCGACCCAUGGCUCUUCAUGUUCCAGGCUCUCCUGCGGCUCCCACCCACGAUACUGCGGCUACUCCUCCAGGGCCAGUUCGCCACGCUGCUGUCUCCGUCCAAGCUCCAAUCAGCCUGGUUCGGCACCUUCUGGGCGACAGCCGGCCCGGGCGUCCGGGAGACGGGCGAGGCGCGCGUCAUCCCUCUGCUCGAGGGCUUCGUGGCCGGCGGCAACGUCGUGAAGGAACGACAGCAAGAGAGCAUCAGCGGCACUGUUAUCGAGACCGGGCCCGGUACCGGGAUGUGGGUGUCGGUGUUCUCGAAGCUGCACACCUCGGGCAAGGGCAUCACCAGGAUCUACGGCGUCGAGCCCAAUCCGGAUGUCCACGCCGCGCUGCGGAAGAACGUCGCCGCGGCUGGCCUCCAGGAUACGUACCAGAUCGUGCCCCACGGCGUCGAGGAUCUGGCCAAGUUGGGAUCCGUGCCUAAGGAGAGCGUCGACUGCAUCGUGUCGAUCCUGUGCCUGUGCGGUAUUCCUGACCCGGACUUCAACAUCAAGGAGCUUUAUGGUUACCUGAAGCCGGGUGGACGGUGGUACGUGUAUGAGCACGUUCGCUCAUUCGUCAACAUCUUCUGGCCACGUCUAAUCGGCGGCUGCCAGCUAUGCCGGAAUACGCCCAGGAUGCUCAGAGAGGCCGGCCCGUGGACAAAGUUCGACCUCGAGCAGGCCGCUGGCGAGCCAUGGUACCAUCCGGUACCUCAUGUUCUCGGCGUCCUGACGAAGUGA